AUGGAAUCGAAAAGGUUACAAGUACCCGUCAUCGGGUUGCGAAGAUCCGGCAAGAGCUCCAUCCUCAAUGUUGUCUACAACGAGCUUCAUCCGGACGACACUGUGUUCCUCGAGUCUACUACCAAGCCGAAUUUCAUCUUGUCGGACAGUUUCUUACCCAUCCGCAUCAUUGAUACCCCCAGUCGUGUUCUCUUGGGUGACGUUCGAUUGGAAAAGGGCAUCCCUCUCUCAUCUGCUACUGGCGCACGUGUCGGUUUACCACCUCCCGUUCCGGCUCGAAACAAUCCCACUCAUGCACAUAACGUUGCUGGUGGCAAUGUCGCAUCCGGCUCCAUUACGACAUCUGCGGCAGGUAUAGCAGCAGGAGUAGUGGGUGUGGCUGUUACACCGGAGAUGCUAGCGUGGACCGAAGUCUCGGCUAUCGUCUUUGUGAUAGAUUCUCAGGACGACUAUUACGAAGCUCUAUCCAAAUUGCACACCAUCAUCUUAUCCGCUUUUGCCGAAAACCAAACGAUCGAGUUCCAUGUCUUUGUGCACAAGAUCGACGGCUAUUCGAACGAUUAUCGUCAAGACACGCUUUCCACAAUCCAGGGCAAAGUUCUCGACGAUCUGGUAGAUAGCAGCCCGAGCUUCAUCGCUCAACCGUGGUCUUAUCCUGAACCUCUCCUCGUGAAGGAAGCGCAAAGCAAGAAGGCGAAAGACAGGAGUCGGAGUAAGAGCAAAGAUGUCAGCUUUUCAAGGUCGCCAGCUGCGGGUGGGAACAGUAGCUCCGGUGGUGGCGGGUACGAUGCCAGUGCUUCUGAAUUUUCCAGCUUCUCAGCCGGAGGAUAUCGGUCAGAUAUAGCACCUGAACCGGGGCAGAUCAAUCUGGACCAGGAGGUGAGGCUGCACUGUCACGCGACGUCAAUUUACGACACUAGCGUCUUUGUGGCUAUCAGCCAAUUGCAACAGAGUCUGGCGCACAAAGUGAAACCUGAAGAACCGCUGGAUGCGGAUACCACUUCCUCGGUUAUUGGUGCUGCUGCAGAUGCAGGAUCGACGGUGAAUGGAGAUAAACCGACUCGACCAGAAGCAUCUGUAACACCGCUUCGACGCAAGCUCUCGCUGGCCGAGUCGAUGGAGCAGUUGUGCGAUUCGAUCUGCUCCACGUGUUGGUUUGAUAGUGCCUUCUUGUUCGAUCUACCGACGAAGACGUUCAUUGGAACGGACUCGGCACCUUUUGAUGCGGCUUCAUUUGAUCUGGCGUUUGACUACGCUGGAUUUUUGGGCAAGUUCGCUGGGCUGUAUGCAGGUGUUCAAUCCGAUGCUGCCACUUCUACAUCGCAUGCGGUGACGCCUUCGGCGGCAGCCUCCAGUUCAGCAUUUCAACUCUCCACCUCACCCUCUUCUGCUCGCCGAUUCCUGCUUGGGAGGAUAUCGAAAGACACAACGGCCAAACCUGCCGAAAGUCCAAGCGCCAACACAUCGACAAGAUCAUCAGUCACUCAAAAAUGGGCAAGCUCCGUUACGCGUCUCCAGCCAGACCGUUCGUUAUGCUUCUGGCAAUUGAAUCACAGGCUCGCGCUGCUAGCGCUGAUCCAGUCGGGUGUACAUGCUACACAGACUGGGCUGAUCGAUUACAACAUUACGUUUUUCAGGAGGGCUGUUCAGGGACUGUAUGCUUUGGCACAGAACAGCACUUGA